CUCCCGCUGGAGUGCAAAGGCCUUGCCUUACCAGGUAACUUUAUUUUAGCAUCUUACCUGGUAAUCGCGUAGCGUCGUGCUCCGCUGUAUUUGCUAAGACCUAAUUGCGGUGGGUGAUUGUGGGAAAGUCGGCGUUUCCAUCAGUCGUUGGUCGGCAUGUCGCCCUUGUCGGAUGCUUCUGCAUGGGUAUCUCUUGCAACUGGGUAGCUUGCAUCGCAUCGCUCUAACUAGCAGCGACGCCGCUUGUGCGUAGUAACUCACAGCGUGGCGAUCCUCGAUAGGUUGGAGUUACUCCACCCAACGCAGUAGACCUAGGAGGAGCGAAGGUGGGCCUGGUUGGAGCGAAUAUAAAAGAGACAGCUUUGGAAGAGGAGGCGGAAGAGGAGGCGCAAGAGGAGGCGGAAGAGGAGUGUCGAAUUUAGCGAGAGGAAGGUUUGUGGCGAUAGGAAUGCUGUCGCAGUCGUCGGCCGGCGCGCACUGGGAGGCGGAGGAAGCGGGCGCGCGGGACGCGGUAGCCGCCGGGAUGUCGGGCGGCGUGACGGGAAGCGCGCCGAUGCUUGCGCCGCUGUACCCGUCGAUAUCGAUGGACGCGCAAGCCGUCGAGCUCGCGUCGUACAUCCUCUUCCCGCCGCCGGGCGGCCAUAUGCCCUCCUCGCUGCGAUCGCACGGCUCCGUCGAGGGGGCCUCUGCGCCCGCCGCAGCAUCCGCGGCGGUGGCGCUGAUGGCGAGCCAGGCGGAGGCGGAGGAGCCCCUGCUCUUCGCGGAAAGGGUUUCGGCGCAGGCGCGGGGCGGACUGGGCGCGGGAGACCCGGGGAGAGACGCCUGUCGUGCAGGCAAGGAAGGGACAUCGGGGGAAGCAAGAGAAGAGAAGAGGGAUGGAGGGAAGGCAGCAGGAGGAGGAGGGAGAGAAGGAGACGAAGGAGGAGGAGGAGGAGCAGGAGGGGAGGAGGGAGGAGCAGGGGGGUCGCACAGGAUCGCCAGUAUCAAAUCGCUGCAGCUUCUGUCGUCUUCGUUUUCUCCCCCCCCCGGCAGCGCGUCUCUCCAUCGCAACCUAUCCCUGCACCGCCACCAGCCUGUAGCAGCGCUGCUGCAGCAGCAAGACACCCCCACCCCGCUUCAUCCACCCUCCGCUGCCGCCGCCGCUGCUGCUGCUGCCACUGCUGGUUCCGCUGCUGGUCCUGCUGCUGGCGCUGCUGGUUCCGCUGCUGGUGCUGCUGCUGGCGCUGCUCACCCUGAUAUCGCCUCUGCCUCUGCCGCCGCUGCUGCUGGUGCUGCUGACGCAGGAGACCUGGGCGGGAGUCCUAGAGAAGCGGAGGCGGAGGCGGAGGCGGAGGGGGAGGGGGAGGGGGACCUGAAGGCGCUGGAUCCGCCGUUUGCCCUUCCUGCUCCCCGCCCCCUGUUCCGCUUUGACUCAUAUGAGUUCAGCUUCUUCGGCCCCUCCGACUCUGCAGGCUCGGCAGGCGCCGUUGCCGGACCUGGCAGUCUGGUUCGGGGGCCUAGUGGCCUGGGACGGCAGCUGUCUAUUAGUUGCGUUGGUGGCGGUGUGGGUGCUGAUGUAAAGGCUGCUGUGAAUGGUAGCAGUGAAAUGGGCGGCAGUGGCAUGGGGAUGGGCGGCACUGGUGCUGGGAUGGGCGGCAGUGGCAGCAUAGCAGCGGCGUGGCGGCGGAUCCUGGGGAACAAGAGCAAGGAAGGGGGGCUGUGCGAUGGUGGUAACAAGCCGACUGGAAAGGGCGUCAGCAUGGCCAUGGGUGUGGGCACAGAUAUGGGCAUAGGUAUGGGUAUGGGUAUGUAUAGGGGCUUAGGAGAGGGCAUAGUGCGCACAGACAGCUCGUGCCUCGAUGCUGUGGUGAAUCCCGUAAGGCGCGUUGCCCUACAGCCUGCUGCCGCUGCCAGCGCUGCUGCUGCUGGUGAUAAUACCAGUGCUGCUGCAGCCACUGCGGCGGCUACAGCUCCCCCUACCACAGCUGCGGGGAGUGGCACAGAAGCCGGCAUGGCUGCAGCAGCAGCAGGAGCAGCUGAAGCCGGCACCACUGCUGCUGCUGCUGCUGCUGCCACUAAGCCCUUGGAUUCGCCUUUCACCUUCACCACCAAACAAAGGCGCAGCCCUACUCCCCCCCCCGCCGCCUCCCUUCUGCCCUCCCUCCCCCUCUCCUUCCGAAUCCGCCCCCCCCGCCUCAUCCUCCCCCCCGACCACUCCCCCCUGCACUCCCCCAUGCGCCCCAGCCCCCCGCUUUCCCCCACCCCCCCGUCCCUCGCUGCUUCUGCGUCCCUCUCUCUCGCGUCCACCAUCGCAUGCAACACACUCCCACUCGCUGGAACCCGCCCCCCUGCUCCCACCGCCCUUCCCACGGGCCAUUCCCACGCCCCCCACAUCCAGGCGUGCAAGCGACUCAAGCUGUUCCCUAGCCCCACACCCAGCCCCCUCCCAAGCCCCACUGCUGCUUCCGCUGCAGCCGCCGCCGCUGCUGGUGCUGGUGCUGGUGCUGCUGCUGCUGCUGGUGCUGGUGCUGCUGCUGGUGCUGCUGCUGCUGCUGGUGCUGCUGCUGCUGGUGCUGGUGCUGGUGCUGGUGCUGGGGCCAUGUCUUUCCGCCAGUCUUUCUCCUCUUCCCCUCCCCACGCCUGCUCCCCUCUUUCUGCAGGGUUAGACAGAAACUUGGUGGGGGGGGGACGGCAUGGGGGGGUGGGAGUGGGGGCGAGUGCGGGGUUGUGGGGAGGCAUGAGGGCGGGGAAGGGAGGGGAGGGGGGGAUUGACCUAAAUCAGGUGCGAAUGCUGAGCCCAGCACCCCAGUUAGGGUCACCGACGCAAGUAGGGCUGCUAGGAAUGGGUGCCGGAGCAGCAGCAGCAGCAGCAGCAGCAGCAGCAGCAGCAGCGGCCGCAGUAGGGGCAACUGCAGGGGGAAGGGGAGGGGAAGCGGGAGGAGGGGUAACUGGUAUGCCCAUGGGUCAUGCGGGUUCAGGGGGUAGGGGGGAUGUGCUUGGGGGAGUGGGCAUGGGCAUGGGCAUGGGGAUGGGCAUGGGGAUGGACAUGGGCAUGGGCAUGGGGGAAAGGGCAGGGGGCGCAAUGGAGUUGGGGGAUGUGGAUGUGGGGGCUGCCUUGUUGAGGCUUGUGGGGGGGAGUCUGGAGGGAGCAGGGGGAGCACUGGGCGGAGCAGGAGGAGUGUUGGGCGGAGCAGGGGGAGAGCUGGGCGGAGCAGGGGGAGCGCUGGGCGGAGCAGGGAGAGCGCUGGGCGGAGCAGAGGGGGCUCUGGGGGGAACAGGGCGGUCCCUGGGGGAAGCCGUCAGGGCGUCGGGAUGGAAAGGGGGAGCGUUGGGGGCAGGAGGAGGCGGUUUAAGGGGAGGGCUGGGGGGGUUGGGAGGUUUGGGGGGUCUGGGAGGGUUGGGGGGAGAAGUGGGCAAUGUGAGCUUUGGAGGUGGAGAAGGAGGUACUGGGGGAGGGGGCAUGGCGGGAGGGGGCAUGGCGGGAGGGGGUAUGGCGGGAGGGGGUAUGGCGGCAGGGGGUAUGGUGGGAGGGGGUAUGGCGGGAGGGGGCAUGGGGGGGGGGGUUAUGGCGGGAGGGGGUAUGGCGGGAGAGGGUACGGCGAGAGGGGGUAUGGCGGGAGAGGGUAUGGCGGGAGGCGGAAUGGGAGGCGGAAUGGUGGGAGGGGGGCAGUUGGCAGCCCUAGUUGCGAGGGUGAUGGCAGGGAUGGGUGGGGGGGUGCACCCCUCAGGCUCCACAGCCCCUGCUGCUACUUCAGGGCUCUUUGGAGACGCCACUCCCAGCGGUACUACUGGCACCACGGCCCUGGCCUUCCCUGCCACCUACGCCUGUGCUGCUGGCACGGGGAUGGGGUCAGCCAUUGCUCCGACUGCUGCUGCGCCUGUUUCUGCUGCAACUGCUGCUGCUGCAGCUCUUGCCGUGGGUAAUGUUUUGCCUAGAGGGGGGAGAGGGGUCACCCCCCCCACACGCUCACCCUCCCCCCUCCCGCUCCACCGCACCUUGCCUCUCCUUCCUCACGCCUCCUCCGCUGCUCCUGCCAUUGACCCUGCCACGGGGUCUCCCGUACGGCAGACAGGCAGUGCUUCUGGGGCCGGGCUUGAUGCUGCUGCUGCUGCUGCUGCCGCCUUUGGUGGUGGUGGUAGCUUGAACGGUGCGGCUAGUGUGAGCGAUUUGAGCAAGAGCAACUCGCUGGACUCAUUGCUGAUGCUGCAACAGCAAUUGCUUCAGCAGCAGCUGCAGCAGUUGCAGCAACAACAGCAACAACAACCACUGCAGCAGCAGCAGCAGGCACAGCACCAACACCAGCAGCAGCAGCAGGGGGAGCAGGCGCCUCAGCCUUUGGAUUUGCUGCAGCAGCAGCGUCUGCUGCUUGAGCUGCGGCAGCAGCAGCAGCAGCAGCAGCAGCAGCAUCAUCAGCAGCAGUGGCAGCAGCAGCAGGCGCACAGUGCCCCUAGACAGUCUCUCAGCAGCAACUCUCUCACCACCACCACUGCCACCACCAAUGGCAUCGCGGCAGGCACUGCAGACAAGGCAGGGCUGUUUGGGAGAGGUAACACAAGGGGUGCGUCUCCUGUUGCUGCCGCCGCUGUUACGGCUGCCACCACUGCCGCCACUGUUUCUGGUGUCGUUGUUGCUGCUGCUGUUUCGGGCAGGGAGUCAGGUGGUGGCGUGGGUGGGAGCAGGAGUAUGGUCGGUAGUGGAAGUGUGGGACGAGUGGCUGCCUGCAAUGCAGCAAGCACUCUGGCAGGGGCAGGUGGGGCAGGAGUAGCAGUGGGAGGAGCAGCAGUAUCAGGUGCAGUUGCAGCAGCAGAAGGAGCAAGAGCAGGAGCGGCAGCAGGAGCAGGAGCAGGAGCAAUGGUGACAGCAGCAGCAGCAGCAGCAGGAAGCGGUGGUGGUGCUGCUGCUGCUGCACUGAAAGGGAGGCUAGGAGGGGCGAGAGGAGGAGGCGGUGGGUCAGGGUCGGGCCUAGAGGAGGAUGGGGAUGAGAGCAUGGACGAGUCGGAGAGGGGGGAGGGGGGAGAGGACGAGGAGGGGGAGGGAUGGGAUGAGCUGGGAGUGAGGGGGGUGGGGAGGCCUGGGCCGAGAAGGAAGAGUGGGGCAGUCACCAAGCCGUGUGCCGCAGCAAGGAAGCGGAGGGACCGCAUAUCGCGGCACAUUCGCACGCUGCAGGGGCUGGUGCCGGUGACAACCAAGACAGAUGCUGCGACGGUGCUGGCGCAGACCAUCCGCUACGUGCGCGGCCUCGAGAGCCAAGUCGCUACCAUCCGCUACGUGCGCGGCCUCGAGAGCCAAGUCGCUGAGCUCAAGGCCAAAGUGGGUGCACUGGAGGGGAGCAGCUCCCAGGCAGAGUAGUGGCAGGCAGGUAAAUGGCUGGUACAGCACAGAGCGGUGCUCAAUGACACAACACGCAUGUGCCUCCAUGGACUUCCCGGAAAUAAGAAGUGUACAGCUCAGGGAAAUGUGACGUGAUACAGACUGAUCUCAUGGCAGCGUGUAUCCAUGGGGCUCCACUGGGUCGAAUCCGAGCAUUGUUCCCUGUGGCUGCAAGCAUGAGUGGCUGCAAGCAAGUGCAAC